UGUAAAAUAAACUCUCACAAAUCCCUUCUGAUAACCUCUCUCUCUCUCUCUAUAUUUCUCUCUCUAGAGCUACUCUCUGUCUCUCUCUAGAAAAAAUUUUCCGAGAUUUUCAAUUUCGUCGAACCUGGACCGGGUAAAUCCGCUCACCUCUGCUCCGAUUACCGAUCGUUAUCCUUAACUCCGGCGUAGGUUAGGAAUCCCGGCAACACUCAAAUUCGUCAAAAAACCAAGCGGAAACGACACCGUUUUGUCCCCCCAACCCGCACACCCCUAUCUUCCCGCCGCCGGCCGAUCCUGUUACCGGAUACGUUAGUCUCCUAGGUGCGCGCGAUUGUUAGCCUGCGCACUCCUCUAGUCUCAGCCUAUCUGUCUAGCCUGAUAUAGAUUUGUGCCCAUCUUCUUUCGUAUACGCGAAGGGGUUUUGGAGGGAAGAUAACAGGCAUUAAUAAGCUGCUGUUCUAUUUACAUCCACUUACCAUUCAAAGCAUUUACCUCAUUUAGUAAGAGUACCUCAUUUAGUAAGAGCAGGGCAAGCAAAGUUUCCAUGUAAUAGAGGAUAUGGCCUUUUACAGGAAUUAUUCAAAUGAAACAGUUGAAUUUGAGGAGAAAAGGCAGGGACAAGGCCACAGAGAUCCUGGAAUUGCUGGAAAUGAGGAGGUGGAGGCUACUUCAAGCGACAAUGAUGAUGCCAGUAGGCUGCAGGAUGGUGCUUCUGAAGAUGCUCAGAGGAUAAGGGACGAACAGCAAUCUACAAGAAUAGUGGGUGUGGCUGGAAAAUGGGGCUCAAGCUGUUGGAAGGACUCUCAACCUAUGCACAACAAUGGCAGGUCUGAGUCAAGAGAGGAGUCAAAGAGUGGUUCAGAUUAUAAAAAUGAGGAAGAAUCUGAAGAUGUGUCAUCUGAUGGUAGUAGGGAGGAUAGAUUAGAGUCUGAAGAUGAUGGUCAACAGAAAGAAGCAGGCAAGGGUGGGAGUGUUCCAGCUGACGAGAUGCUGUCUGAUGAGUAUUAUGAACAGGAUGGUGAUGAUCAGAGUGACUCCUUACAUCACCGUGCUGCCAACCGUAGUAGUGGCUAUACUACCAAAUUGCCGGCCAGGCCAGUUGUUGCCAGCAGUUAUACAUCAAGAAAGCCAAAACCUUCCAAAGCUUGCCAGUAUGAUGAUGAUGCUGAUUAUGGUGAUGAAGAAGAAGAUGAAGAUGAUCCAGAUGAUGCGGAUUUUGAUCCUGAUUUUGGUACUACAAGUGAUCGCAGGGGAACUAAGGAGAAGGAUGAAGACUGGGAGGGUGAAGAUUCUGAUGAAGAGAAUAAUAGUGAAGAUGAUGAUGAUCUGGAUAUCUUAGAUGAAGCUGAUGACUAUUAUAAAAAACCAAGGGGCAAGCAACAAACUAGGGGUGGUCGUAAUGUGAAAUCUACCAGAGAACUUAAGAAUGUUGCACCUUCUGCUCGACGUAAAAGAGGCAGAGCAUCUUUUGAAGAUGAAGAAUCUUCUGAACAGGAUUCUGAAGGUGAUAGUGAUGAAGAUUUUCAGAGUAUGUCUAGAAGAGGUGGGAAUUUGCGCAGGAAGAAUAGUGGUCGAUCUAUGACUGCUAGUGUUUCUGGUAGGGUCAGUGAACAGCGAACAUCAGGUCGUCGAUCAGUUCGAAAAGUAUCAUAUGCUGAGAGUGAAGAAAGUGAAGAGCUUGAUGAAUGCAAGAAAAAGAAGAACCAAAAGGAGGAGCUGGAAGAGGAAGAUGCCGAUUCAAUUGAAAAGGUAUUAUGGCAUCAACCAAAGGGCAUGGCAGAAGAAGCCAUGAGGAGUAAUAAAUCAACACAUCCUAUGUUGUUAAGUCACUUAUUUGACUCUGAACCCGACUGGAAUGAAAUGGAAUAUCUGAUAAAGUGGAAAGGCCAGUCGCAUUUGCAUUGUCAGUGGAAGCCAUAUUCUGAGCUACAGAAUCUUAGUGGGUUUAAAAAGGUUCUGAAUUACAUUAAAAAAGUGACAGAGGAUGUGCGGUAUCGAAAGACAGUAUCUCGCGAGGAGAUUGAGGUUAAUGAUGUGAGCAAGGAAAUGGACUUGGACAUAAUUAAACAAAAUAGUCAGGUUGAGAGGGUCAUUGCAGACCGAAUUGGAAAAGACAGCUUAGAUAAUGUGGUGCCAGAGUAUUUAAUCAAAUGGCAAGGACUUUCUUAUGCAGAAGCGACAUGGGAGAAGGAUACUGAUAUUGCUUUUGCUCAAGAUGCCAUUGAUGAAUACAAGGCUCGUGAGGCUGCAAUGAUGAUUCAAGGGAAAACAGUAGAUUUCCAGCGGAAAAAGAGCAAAGGUAGUUUAAGAAGACUUGAUGAACAACCUGAGUGGUUGAAGGGGGGAAAGCUUCGAGAUUAUCAGCUUGAAGGUUUGAAUUUUCUUGUUAACAGUUGGAGAAAUGAUACAAAUGUUAUAUUAGCUGAUGAAAUGGGUCUUGGUAAAACUGUUCAGUCAGUUUCAAUGCUAGGUUUUCUUCAGAAUGCACAACACAUUCAUGGUCCAUUUCUUGUUGUUGUACCAUUAUCGACUUUGUCCAAUUGGGCAAAAGAAUUCAAGAAAUGGCUACCUAAUAUGAAUGUUAUUAUAUAUGUUGGGACUCGUGCAAGCCGUGAGGUCUGCCAACAAUAUGAGUUCUACAAUGACAAGAAGGCUGGUAGUAGCACAAGAUUUGAUGCUCUUUUAACUACCUAUGAGGUGUUGUUAAAGGACAAGGCAGUUCUGUCCAAAAUAAGGUGGAACUACCUUAUGGUUGAUGAAGCCCAUAGGCUAAAAAACAGUGAGGCUUCUCUGUAUACGACACUAUUGGAAUUUAGCACCAAAAACAAGUUGCUCAUCACUGGUACUCCUUUGCAAAAUAGCGUUGAAGAGCUAUGGGCUUUGCUUCACUUUCUUGAUCAUGAUAAGUUUAAGAGCAAGGAUGACUUCAUUCAGAACUACAAGAAUCUUAGUUCGUUCAAUGAAAAUGAGCUUGCUAAUCUUCACAAGGAAUUGAGGCCUCAUAUUCUCCGAAGGGUCAUCAAGGACGUUGAGAAGUCUUUGCCUCCUAAGAUUGAGCGAAUUCUUAGGGUUGAGAUGUCACCACUGCAGAAACAGUACUAUAAGUGGAUCUUGGAGCGCAACUUCCACGACUUGAAUAAAGGAGUGCGUGGCAAUCAGGUGUCGCUUCUGAACAUUGUUGUGGAAUUGAAAAAGUGCUGCAAUCAUCCAUUUCUGUUUGAAAGUGCUGACCAUGGUUAUGGUGGGGAUGCCAACUUUUUUGGUAGCACUAAACUGGAAAGAGUAAUCCUGAGCAGUGGGAAACUAGUUAUACUUGACAAACUGCUUGACAGAUUACAUGAAACAAAGCACCGUGUAUUAAUAUUUUCUCAGAUGGUUAGGAUGUUGGAUAUAUUGGCAGAGUAUCUGUCACUCAAGGGUUUCCAAUUUCAGAGACUUGAUGGUAGUACAAAGGCUGAGUUGCGUCAGCAAGCAAUGGACCAUUUUAAUGCUCUGGGUAGUGAAGAUUUUUGUUUUCUUCUUUCGACUCGUGCGGGUGGCUUGGGUAUAAAUCUUGCGACAGCGGACACAGUUAUUAUAUUUGAUUCUGACUGGAAUCCUCAAAAUGAUUUACAGGCUAUGAGUAGAGCUCAUAGGAUAGGACAACAAGAAGUUGUCAACAUUUACCGGUUUGUUACAAGCAAAAGUGUAGAGGAAGAUAUCUUGGAGCGUGCCAAAAAGAAGAUGGUUCUUGACCAUCUAGUGAUACAAAAGCUGAAUGCUGAAGGCAGAUUAGAGAAAAAGGAAUCCAAGAAAGGAGGUCUCUUUGAUAAAAAUGAGCUCUCUGCAAUCUUACGGUUUGGAGCUGAAGAACUAUUUAAGGAGGAUAAAAAUGAUGAAGAGAGCAAGAAGAGGCUUCUUAGUAUGGAUAUCGAUGAGAUUCUUGAACGAGCAGAGAAAGUUGAAGAGAAGGGUGCUGAUGAAGAGCAAGGAAACGAGUUGCUCGGUGCUUUUAAGGUUGCUAAUUUCUGUGGUGCUGAAGAUGAUGCUACAUUUUGGAGUAGGUGGAUAAAACCUGAAGCCAUUGCAGAAGCUGAAGAAGCCUUGGCUCCUCGAGCUGCUCGAAAUAUUAAGAGUUAUGCAGAAACUAACCCUCUGGUUGAAACUAAUAAAAGAAAGAAAAGGGGCACUGAGGCCCAGGAAAGAUUCCCAAAACGUCGCAAGGCAGAUACUGGUUACUCAGCUCCAGCAAUUGAGGGUGCUGCUGCUCAAGUAAGAGGAUGGUCUUAUGGGAACUUGUCAAAGAGAGAUGCCACACGUUUUUCUCGUGUGGUCAAGAAGUUUGGUAAUGAUAGCCAAAUUACCUUAAUAGCUGCAGAAGUUGGUGGGGCUGUUGAAGCGGCUCCAACUGAAGCCCAGAUUGAACUUUUUGAUUCUUUGAUUGAUGGCAGUAGAGAAGCAGUAAAGGGAGAAAUUAUGGAUCCAAAGGGGCCUCUGUUAGAUUUUUUUGGUAUCCCUGUAAAAGCUGAUGAACUACUAAGCCGUGUCGAAGAGCUUCAGCUUCUAGCAAAGCGCAUUAGUAGGUAUGAUGACCCCAUCUCACAAUUUCGAGCACUUGCUUAUCUGAAACCUGCUACCUGGUCUAAAGGUUGUGGCUGGAACCAGAAGGAUGAUGCAAGAUUGCUUUUGGGAAUUCAUUAUCAUGGAUUUGGAAACUGGGAGAAGAUACGGUUGGAUGAGAAGCUUGGUCUUACAAAGAAGAUUGCUCCUGCUGAACUUCAACAUCAUGAGACUUUCUUACCUCGAGCUCCCCAGCUGAAGGAACGAGCUUCUCAACUCUUAGAGAUGGAAGUUGCUGCUGUUGGUGGCAAGAAUCCUAAUGUCAAAGCGGGCCGCAAGGGUAACAAGAAGCAGAAGGACAGUCUUCCCAACAUCACAGCACCUCACUCAAAAGCUAAACAUGGGAAACCCAGUAACAGAGGUUUGGCUCAAAAGCCCCAGAAGACUGAGCAGUUGGUUAAAGAGGAGGGUGAAAUGUCAGACAAUGAAGAAGUGUACAAACAAUUUAAGGAAGGAAAAUGGAUGGAAUGGUGUGAAGAUGUGAUGAUUGAGGAGGAGAAGACACUCAAGCGUCUUCAGAAACUGCAGACCACCAGUGCAGAUCUUCCAAAGGAGAAGGUGCUAUCCAAAAUUCGGAAUUACCUUCAGCUUCUUGGCCGGAGGAUUGAUCAAAUAGUUUUUGAAUAUGCACAGGAAUCAUAUAAACAAGAAAGGAUGACCACGCGAUUAUGGAAUUAUGUGUCAACAUUUUCAAAUUUAUCCGGCGAGAGACUUCAGCAGAUUUAUUCUAAACUCAAACAGGAGCAACAAGUAUCAGGAGUUGGACCUUCACAAAUGAAUGGUUCUGCAUCUGGGUUCAUAAAUAAGGGUUUUGACACAGAGAAAUUUGAGGCAUGGAAAAGAAGGAAAAGGGCAGAAAGUGAUGCCCAUUCCCAAUUUCAGCCACAUUAUCAAAGGCCUACUAACGGUGUUAGAGUACCUGAACCAAACUCAUCUUCUGGGAUUUUGGGUGCUGCGCCUAACAAUGGAAGGCCUUUCAGGAUGCAUCAAUCUGGCUUUUCACAAAGACAAGGUUUUUCAUCUGGUAUCAAAUAACCCUUUUUACUGGACAUGGGAGCAUUCAUGAAUGAUCCAUCUUAAGGAAACAUGCAGCCUUGUUUGUGGUGCUAGUUGCUUUGUACUUCAAUGAUCUUUGGAGUUAUGUUGGCUUAUGGAACACAUUUUUUUUGCCGAUUCCUUGGCCAAGAUUUCCUCUAUUUUAAAGCUGAUCAAACUAAGGGGGCUGUUUCAUUUUCAAGGUGGAAGCAGGAAUUUGAAAGCCCUUCAACAUCUGCAGAGAUAGUGAAUGAAAUAGAUGGAACUUGGAGCUUCGUUGACAUAAAGGCUUUUUUUUUUGUUUUAAUCAUCAUAGAUAAAUGCAAAAUCACAAUUUUUUUUUGACGUAUAUAGUCACUAGGCUAAGGAUUUCCCUAGUUCAUUUAAUAGACCUAUUGGGAAAGAUAAUGCAUGUACUAUGCUUUGCACGAACAGGCAAGAAACUGUAUAUCAUGCAAUUUUGUUUAUUAAAUGUUGACAUUAUUCUUUCCCAUUCAAUAGUCCUAAAUAAUGCUGAGUUUUCUCAAAUUUUCUUGUGCUUUCAUUCCUUUCAGAGAUGCUGAUCAUAUGUAUCUAGUCAUUUGGGCUGUCUAAA